AGGGGGGCGCUCCUGGAGACGCAGGCGCCGGAGGCGCAGCCCCAGACGCCACCUACGUGAAGGUGUGGGUCGGCCAGGUGCAGUGGGCCGGAGACAGCGGCGCUGUCCUCUGCUUGGAGCAGGUCUACGGCGCUUCCUCUAGCCAGGAGCUGCCAGUGCCUAGCACCCUGUAUCUUCCGCUGGACGCCGCGGAGGCUGACGACUUCCAGAAGGCCCUCUUCGGCCACGUCGCCCCUGCUAUCGGGGGUGAUGACGCUCUCUGCGAAGUGCGUGCUCACGGACGUCCAGAGCCUUUCGCCGAGCUCGUCAUGAAUGCGGAGGGGCUCCCGGUCGCGCGCCCCCUGGGCAGAGCAGUGGGGUGCCCCUUUCCGCAAGACGGCGAGCUGGAAGGUGGCGUGUUCGGCGUCGCGGAUAUCCACGACGUCGGGGUGCAGAGGCACCAAUGUGGAGUCGGCGAGGCCCUGGGGACGGCGCAGCGCCUCGAGGUGCCGGCGCUCGUGUGCACCUCCUACCUGCUGCACGCGACGCGGGCCUGCCUGAGCAGGGCCGUGCUGGAGCAGGCGGUGCGGAGCGGCGCUGGGGAGCGGCCGGCUGCGCGCGGGCUCGACGACCCCUCGCUGAGGGCGCUCGAGGAGCAGCUGCACGCUGUCGAGUCGCGUGGGCCAGUGGCUGGUGUUCGCCGCUGGCCUAUCGGCAGCACGCUGCGGGCAGCCAGCGCCUUCACAAGGUACUGGGCGCUCCACCUGGGCGGGCUCGGCGACGGCAGCUCGCAGCCGUUCGCGGAGUUCUGCGCCCAGUGCUUGCGACCCGCCAGGGAGACGCUACACAAUGAGCGCUGACCUCGCCUGUCGCUGCGCCCCCGCACGCUGUGGUGUCGUCUCCCGCCAUGGGGAGAGGGGGGGAGGGGAGAGAAGAGCGAGGGGAUCCUCCUCCCGAAUUCGAUCGGCGGUUUGACCGAUCAAUUUCUUCUGACGUUGGCAAGCACGGUUUCUUGUGCAUGCGGACGCAUGCAUCUUGCUGAGCUAUCGGCCGUCUGGCCCUUUGCACGAUUUGCGCGUUUUCCUCCCAGCGCUCAACAAGAGGAUUUGAAGGAUGGAAUGGACUGACUAGGUUUAGGAUGUUGGGG